AAUAGCAAAAAGAGAAAAAAAAGUCGCUCUCUUUCUCUUAAAAUUCUCGCCUUUUCUUUUCGUCCGAAUCCAGAGAAACCCAUACGCAAAUAUCCUCUACGUGUUCUCCUUUCACGAUUUUCUCGAGUUUUCUCGCAUUUUCCUCCCACCUUUUAAUUUUUGUUUUUACCUCGGACUUUCUUUUUCAAAACUUUCUUCUCUCCUAACCAUUCUCGGUCGCUCAACUGUUCAGUUCUGAGUGGUGAUAUCAAUAUCGGAAAAUCCAGGAAAAAAGAAAAACGGUGUAGCUUUUCAACAAAAUUGCUUAGUUGAGAUUCGCUUUUUCUCUUUUUUUGGCAUCUGUAUAGGUUUGAAUUGGAUUUGCAAAGAUUCAUGGACUUCUGGAAUUCUUGAGUUUUCCCAAAAACCCACCAUGGAUAUCGAAUCAGGAACUUAUCAGAACAUCGUCAAGAAGGAAUCGUGGAGAACAGUAUUGACAUUAGCGUAUCAGAGCUUAGGAGUUGUAUACGGAGAUUUGAGUAUAUCUCCUUUAUACGUCUACAAAAGCACAUUCGCUGAAGACAUUCAUCACUCUGAGUCCAACGAAGAGAUCUUCGGUGUCUUGUCUUUCAUCUUCUGGACAAUCACUCUCGUCCCUCUCUUCAAAUACGUCUUCAUAGUCCUCAGAGCAGACGACAAUGGCGAAGGAGGCACUUUCGCUCUCUACUCGCUCCUCUGUCGACACGCCCGAGUCAACUCGCUCCCGAGUUGCCAGCUGGCAGACGAGCAGCUCAUCGAGUACAAGGCCGACUCGAACGGAUCGUCGUCGGCGAUUCCUCAAUCGGGUUUCGCGGCGAGCCUGAAAUCUACGCUUGAGAAACACAGGGUGUUGCAGAAGAUUUUGCUCGUUCUUGCUUUGAUUGGGACUUGUAUGGUGAUUGGUGAUGGUGUUCUUACGCCUGCAAUUUCCGUUUUUUCGGCAGUAUCAGGUGUUGAGCUUUCAAUGUCCAAGGAGCAUCACAAGUACAUAGAAGUCCCUGCUGCUUGUAUAAUUCUGAUAGGUUUGUUUGCGCUCCAGCAUUACGGCACACACAGGGUCGGGUUCUUGUUCGCACCGGUGAUUCUGUUGUGGCUAAUGUGCAUCAGCACUAUCGGUGUUUACAACAUUUUCCAUUGGAAUCCGCACGUGUACCAAGCGCUCUCUCCUUAUUACAUGUACAAAUUCCUCAAAAAAACUCAAAGUAGAGGUUGGAUGUCUCUUGGUGGUAUCUUGCUCUGCAUUACAGGCUCCGAAGCAAUGUUUGCUGAUCUCGGUCAUUUUUCUCAGCUCUCGAUCAAGAUUGCUUUUACAUCACUUGUUUACCCGUCCUUGAUACUUGCCUACAUGGGACAAGCAGCUUAUCUCUCACAGCAUCAUGUUAUCGAAAGCGAUUACAGAAUCGGUUUUUACGUAUCUGUACCUGAGAACCUAAGAUGGCCAGUUCUUGUUGUUGCCAUACUCGCUGCUGUUGUUGGAAGUCAAGCAAUCAUCACCGGAACAUUCUCCAUCAUCAAACAAUGCUCUGCUUUAGGAUGCUUCCCAAAAGUCAAGAUCGUUCAUACUUCAUCCAAAAUCCACGGUCAGAUUUACAUCCCUGAGAUUAACUGGCUCUUGAUGAUCCUCUGUUUAGCUGUCACCAUCGGUUUCAGAGACACCAAGCGCUUGGGCAAUGCUUCAGGUUUGGCGGUUAUAACGGUUAUGCUGGUGACGACAUGUCUGAUGUCACUAGUGAUCGUACUCUGCUGGCACAAGAGCGUCGUCUUUGCAAUAGCCUUCGUCGUGUUCUUCGGCACAAUCGAAGCUCUCUACUUCUCAGCUUCGCUAAUAAAGUUCCUCGAAGGCGCGUGGGUUCCAAUCGCUCUCGCCUUAUGCUUCUUAGCCGCGAUGUGCACGUGGCACUACGGGAACCUGAAGCGUUACGAGUUCGACGUGCAGAACAAAGUCUCGGUCAACUGGCUACUCAGCCUCGGUCAAACACUCGGGAUCAAACGCGUACGUGGCAUCGGACUAAUCCACACGGAGCUCGUCUCAGGCGUCCCUGCGAUAUUCUCUCAUUUCGUCACCAACCUCCCUGCUUUCCACCAAGUCCUCGUGUUCCUCUGUGUUAAAUCCGUUCCCGUCCCGCACGUACGGGCCGAGGAACGGUUUUUAGUGGGCCGAAUGGGCCCGAAACAGUUUCGGAUGUACCGGUGCAUUGUCCGGUAUGGGUACAGGGACGUACACAAAGACGAUGUUGAGUUUGAAGGCGAUCUUGUUUGUAGCAUUGCGGAGUUUGUACGUUCUGAAGCUGCGAUGGCUACAGAGACCAACGAAGAAGAUGAAAGAAUGUCUGUCGUUGGAACUUGUUCCACGUACAUGCAAGGAGUGGAGGAUCAAGGAGGAAGCGAGCAAGACGACCUGGACAAGCCUGGGACAUCGGAGAUUCGAUCGCCGAAGGUGAAGAAGAAGAAGAGCAAGAUCAAGAAGAAGGUGAGGUUUGUUGUGCCGGAGACUCCGAAGAUAGAGAAGGAGACGAGGGAGGAGCUGAUGGAGCUAACGGAGGCGCGUGAGGGAGGUGUGGCUUAUAUAAUGGGAAACGCGUAUAUGAGAGCGAAGCAAGGAUCAGGGUUAGUGAAGAGAAUCGCCAUUAACGUUGGAUAUGAGUUUAUUAGGAGGAACACUAGAGGUCCAAGAACCGCACUUACUUCCCCGCACGCGUCUACGUUAGAAGUUGGUAUGAUCUACCAUGUCUAAAAAGAGGGGGAUUUUUCGUCUUUUGGUUUUAUGUACAUGAUUUUUGUUUUGUGUUGAUUGGCUGAAAAGUGAAAUUAGGAUAUUAGCUCAAGAAAUUUUGUCCUUUGUAUGGGUUUAGGUUUUGCUAAAGGGGUAAUUAAUCCUCCCUAAUUAGAGCCGGAUAGAGAGUUCAUUUUUCAUAUUUUCUUUAAAAACAAACUUGUGUACAAAUGAUACUAUGUUUUGUCUAUACCAUAUUGUGAUUACU